GACAUUUAGUUUCAACAAGCUUUGUUGAAUGCACUUAAACAUUUAUUUUGUGCUUUUAUCCAUUUAUUUUAAUUUGUUUUCUGUGUAACUUGAUCGAUUUGUCGAUAUCCAAAAUGAGCUUGGAUAAAAUACCCGAGGUCGACAUGCUGACCGUUGUCCGAAGUGCCAGGAUACAUCGUCGGACAGUUUUGGGUUUUGUUCCCCCAAUUGGACUGCGGAUUGUGGAUUAUGGUGAUGUGGACAGAAUCGAUCGAUUCUACUUGGAGUGCCAGGACUAUCGCGAUUACUAUCGCGACCCCUACGAUAAAAUUCAUAAGCCGCUCAGGUUUAGGCAGCACCUGGGCAAAUGUGGCAUUAAGUUGGAUAACAGUGUGCAGGAAUUGCGACAGCCGAUAAGUUGGGUGCCAAAACGCCUACCCCCCCUCACGCCUAUCAAUUAUAAAUCCAACAUGAAUUUGGGCUUUAACAUGGAGGAAGUAUUGAGGGCCCAACAUGCCAAAAAAUCCUGCAUCGCAUACAAACGAUAAACGAUCUUAGGACUUUUUUUAUUUCUCGAUUUCUGGCGCCUCAUCGAUGGGUUCAUAAAGGGCCUAAAAAUUGUGCACACGACUUUUAAGCGUUAUAUGAACAUCAGCGUUAAGUGCGCAAUCAUCAAAUUCUAUUGUGAUUCUAUUUUUAUACACAUUU